AUGUCGCACCCGCCCCCCUCCGCCGAAGCUCUGACCGGCUCCGAAGGCACCGCUAAGGGAUCCGGACCUAUCAAUAUACCAGAAGAAGUCGCCAUUCUCGAAGUCGUCAACAAAUUCCUCUCGUGUAUCAAGAACAAAGAUCGCGCGCUGAUGCAUUCGUUGGUACUACCGAAGGGGGCAACGACACUGAUCCGUCGAGGCAAGGCGGUCCAUUUGAGUCUCGAUGAAGUGGUGGAGCGGAUCCCUGUGGAGUCGAAGAUGGAAAUGGAUGAGCAGAUCUACAAUUGUAGGGUGCAUGUUGAUGGAGAUUUGGGCGUUGCGUGGACGCCGUACCUCUUCCUAGAAGAUGGCAGGCUGAACCAUACGGGAACUAAUAUCUUCAACAUGUGGAAAACGGAGAGCAAGGGGUGGAUCAUCACUGGCGUUGCUGACAUCGCUAGGGAGGUUAAUGAGAAAGCUUUUGAUGCUUUUGGAGAAGCAGAGGAGUGGAAGAAGUCACAGAGCUCAUGA